UCCGCCGCUCUGCGCGGAUUUGGUCGACUUAUUUAUUUAAUUACUGGUUAUAUAAUCAACACCGACUUUGAACACACACGUUCGCGCACAAACUGAUCGACCUCAACCUACCUGCACCAGCCCUUCUGACAGACUUGAAGUGACAGUGCUGACCUGGAUAACCGCUGAGCCUGUGUUCCACACCCAGGCAGGCCUCUCCAAGCAGACAAACUCUCAGAUACUACAGCGGACAGACAGCAGUGUCAGCAGCUCAUCAGCAGCCUGUGGCUCAAGGAGCAGCAGCAGCAGUAGCAUCCGACUGAGAGGAAGAACACUGCAUUCACACCAUCCUCCCCCAUCCUCAUCUUCCUCCUGUCACAUCUGACAUGGCAGACCCCAGCCUCACGUCUCCCUCUCGAACCCCGCUGCGCUCCCCUAACACCUCGCUCACCCUCUCCUUCCCCUUCCUGAGGGAAGGGAGCCGGGUAUGGGAGGAAAGGGCGGAGCAGGGGCUGCCUCGGGAUUUGCCCAGCCCGCUGCCAACCAAACGCACUCGCACCUACUCAGCUACGGUACGUGCUCAGUCAGGUCCGGUGUUUAAGGGUGUGUGUAAGAACUUCUCCAGGUCACAGGGUCACGGUUUCAUCAAACCCUCCCACGGCGUUGAAGACAUCUUUGUUCACAUAUCAGACAUCGAGGGGGAGUAUGUCCCAGUUGAGGGUGACGAGGUUACAUACAAAGUGUCCCGGGUCCCGCCGAAAAACCUGAAGGUGCAGGCGGUGGAGGUGAAGAUCAUACAUCUCAACCCAGGGACGAAACACGAGACCUGGUCCGGGCAGAUCAUGAGCUCGUAGGCCUGACCUCUAGGCCUGGUGGGUGAUGCUGGGCAAGGCUGGGUGGUGGUGGGGGGUUGAGGUGUUGAGGGACUGAUUAGCUUAUAUUCUGUGCUCGAAUUCUUUUUUUUUCUUUCUUUUUUUAAACAUGUUUUACCUACACAGCAAAGUGUCGAGUGUUAAUAAGUGUCAAUAAAUUCAGCUGUAGUAGGCGAUGACAGUUUUAUACUCACAGAGCAGAUGUUAAAACUGUCUGUCUACUACUCUGAUAGUCAUGCAUUGUUAGGAAAAAGUCACAUUUGUUUUAUUCCUUCAAUUUUUUUUUGUUCAAAGUCAAAUGUGAGAUGGGGAUAUAAAGUGAUCAGCAGGGGAUCCAACAUCGAAACCCAGAGGAGCUUGUGGGCCUAAUCUUUCCUAGAGAUCAGCUGUAUAAAGUAUUAAACAUUGGGGAAACUGUGUGGUGCAAAUCUGCAAACUGAGGCAUGACUGCUGAGUGUUCGAGCAAGGAAGGGAGCAAUUUAAGAGAAAAGGCUGAGUUCGGUUUUACUUCCCUUCUUUGCAGCUGUUACGCGCUUGUUUACUUCACCAAAGUUUUUAGGAUCACAUGUUGGGUGCUAACAUUGGUCCGAUGACUCGUUAUCUCAACCUAUGCUGUUUUAAUAUAAAGUGCAGACUGGAAAGAUGAGUACAAAUUU